GUACACCAAGAGAACAGUCCAAGGACAAACAAAAAAAGACACAUCGAGAUAUAUUCCAAGAAGAAAUCAAGAUUAUCAAUUUGAAGAAGCUUGAAGGAUUAAAGAGCCACAAAACGACAAAUAGAAUUCAUCAUUAAAAUGGUUUCACAAAUAAAAAAUUCUUUGUCUUCAACUCGUACAUUCCUGUACACUCCUCCACUGUGGAACAUAAGAAUGGUUCUACUUCUAACUCUGUUCCUAGUGUAUGAACUAAGCAGUACAAUAGAGGCAAAGUCACAUACAUUAAGCGGUACGUAUAUGAAUCGGACUGUCGUCAGUAAAUCAGGCAGACAUCUCACCAUCGGCAAGCAAGGAAUAACUGGAGAAUAUUCAUAUAGCCCGUACGGUAAGAAACUUGAGAUUUGACAGUUUAGUAACAUAUCUAGAGAUUAUCACUCUCAACCACAUUAAACAAAACCCAAAGAAAAUCACGGGUGGACGGUAAUUAAAAAUUAACAAGCUUUCGUUGGUAGGGAUGCAACUAGCUACCUGGAAAAUAUGAUGAGGAAAUUUGAAAUUAUCCUUAUAUUUUUCAGGUAGUUGCAUCCCUACCAACGAUUUAAUUUUCACGUUCAAUUUCUUUUUAAAAUACUGGCCGGUUUUAGAAGUUAAAUCACACAUUGUAGCUACCUAUUAUAUAAUGGCGAUUUGCAAAACGAAGAUUGAGUUGAUCGAGUAUUUCGACCAAUAUAUUGAGGUGUUUUAAUUAAAAUCACUAUUAAUAAUAAAUAAACUUGCCAAUGGAGUGUAUAAUUUAAAGUGGAAGUCAAGUCCGUAAUGUAAACAAACGGUUUGUUUACAUUUUGAACUGCUGUAUUUUUUAAAAUAUGAUGUAUUGUCUGAAUAUCUAACACAUUUGGUUCGCUAUGCUUCUAAAUGAAUUUGAAAUAGAGUUUAUGUUCAGAAAAAUUCGAAACAUUCGAAAUUUGGGCAAUGUUCACAUUAGAGGUCCUCACAUUGUUAUGAGCAGAACCGAUGCGCAGAACGGACUUGACUUCCACUUUAACUUCCCAUACAAACCAGUGUAUUCAAAGUCAAAGAGAAAUUUAACAUGAAAUUUGACUUAAUUGACAUGGAUAUCUAUUACAGUGGUGACACUAAAACAACGAUAUACGGUGAUGAUUUCCGUGGGUUUUACUCAUGAAUUGUUUGUUAAUGAGUUUUGGAAAUCACUAUAAUAAACAACUUGGGGUGCAUCAUAUAACUUCUCAAACAAACCAGUAUUUAAUUUAAGUAAAAAUUUAACAUGAAAGUAGACUUAAUUUGCCAACAUUGGUUACGACAACAAUAGCUAGGGUUCUAAUUUUCUAUGAAUUAUUCAUGAAUUUGGGAAUUAUAUCGAUUGGUAAACACUUCGACGUUAAGAGCGAGGACCUUUUUUGACUUCUUCAGGAACUUGGUUGAGGAAGUUACUGAUAAGACUAUUUGCGUGAUGCGGUGUGAAUGAUGAACAACUACCUGAAAAUUGUAAACAGAACUUCGACGUUUCGAGCGACGGCCCUCGUCGGGCAGCUAGGACCUUCACUCGAAAGGUCGACGUUCUGGCACCGACAGUUCCAGAUAUUAUCUGCAUGCAUGCCCCUACUAAAUUUCCUAACAAAAAUUAAGCCAAAGGGACUUCGAGGUGUUUUGAAUCUUUUACAGGCUGACACUAUUAUAUAUCUCUUCAUUACUGAAUCAAAUGAGACAAAAUGUCCAACGAUUUAAAACAAUUCUUUGUUCACUUGGUAUAUCAGGGUGUAUAGUUGAUACUAGUAGAUUAUGUAAAUAUCUCUCUCCUUUUCCAUUGCAGCUAAACUAUCGAUACGCACAGUUGGAUUUAACUCAGAGAUUACAAUAAAAGCAGUGAAGAUGGAUAAAUACCUGGCAAUGGACAGCACCGGGAAAGUUUAUUUAGUGGUAAGUGCUUGUUUUCGCUUUUGAACUGUUCAGAGCCAAAAGUUGAGGUUUUGUAAGGGAAUGAAAAAUACACUUCAUCUAUGCCUACAGAAUCCAAAUUCUUAAAAGACCUGCAUGGCAAUUGCACCAUUUAAUACCCUUCGUAUAUACAUGCAGCUAUUUCAUGGAAUACGAGCGCGAAAGGCUGCUGGAAAUCGCUAAAAAAAUAAUGAAUUUAUUAGCGAUUCCCAGCAUUCUUUCGCGCUCGUAUUCAACUUUUCCGCUUUGCUCGGGGACAACCUUAAUUGAAAUAGCUGUAUACCAAGGAUAAUGGUAACCGCCAUGCAGGCCUUUUACGAAUUUGGACUCUGUAGAAAUAGUUAAGUGGUUUCAUGUCUAUAGCUAUUAUAAUAUAUUCAGUGGAUUAAGCUAGUGCUUUACAUUGUCCAUCUCUGCUGAAGGACCAUCAUCGUAGAAAGCAAUUGGUUACUAUAACUAUAUAAACUUUAAUUAAACACGAAACAAUAUACACACUCUGUAAAUUGUAACAUUUUCAUAGAGAAUGACAAUGUUUACAAUUUACAGACAAUUUAUGCCUGCAUGGAUUCUUUUAAACAAAUGUUAGCUUUCCGUGUCUCAGUCCAGACCUGGAAAGAGUGUUCAAUGUUCCUCGGAUCCUGAAUUUGCUUCUCUGAAUGAUCCUCAAAAUGCGUAAAAACAAUGGAAAAUUCGACAGUGCAUUACGCCAUUAUGUACGCAACAACAAAGUAUAUAUACUUGUCUGUAUUUAUGUCACAAACGGCAGAUAAGGAAGUAUAUGAUAUUAAGAGGAGAAUCUUUUGUAUGUCACGCUCAAAACUACCUUUCCACUUGGUUAUGACUAUAUUCGAAUAAAAUAAUGCUAAAAUGAAGAGAUUUUAGAUAAUACCCAUAAAGAAAAUGAUGUCUGAAGUUCAGUAAGUUUUGCUUAUAUUGCUGUAUAUAAAUAUGGCGCCAAUUUUAUAGGCUGCGAACAGGCUCUCUUUGAACUCUCUUUGAAAUUUGAGAGAGAGCCUGCAGGCCUAGCUAAUAAAAAUGCGUCUAUGGCGUUGCUUAGAACGACGCAGGGUUCCCAUUGGUUGAAACCGAGUAGUUGGUUAUUAACUACAUCAUACUGCCAUAAAAGGUAAUGAAAUUUACACAACAAUAGAUUCAAGAUGUCAAAACAAAGCGCGGAAAUCGAAAAAUAUCGUUCUAUAGCGAUAAAAAAUGUAUUAGACGAGUUGUAUAGAAAACUAAAUUUUUGUUUAAAGUUAAAGGAUGGGCAGUCAAAAGCUCUUAGCAAUAUUCUAGACGGAUUUGCAUUGACUAAAUCGGCAGGCUCUAAUUCAAUUCAAAGAGCCUGUUCGCAGGCUACCAAUUUUACAGCAAUGAUAAUUGUGUUUAAAUUGACAAUAUUUAACUAUUACUUUGUGUUUCUCAACCGCCAGAUACAUUCAAAAAGGUUGCUAACUGCCUUAACUACAAAAUAAAGCUAAAACAAAUUUUGAGAGAAACGCCAAAAAGAUUUUAGGUUUUGAACACUUUUCAUUGCAAAUACGCGACGUUGAAAAAAAUUGCCUCUUAAUAAUAAUGAUUCUUUAUGAUUCUCCCUUAACUUAUAUUGAGUAAAUUCGAAAUAUUCUCUAAUCUGCUUGCUAAGGCAAAAAAUCGAGCUAUCCAGGAUCCCACUUUUUUUCUAGAUCUGUCUGAGUCUAUAAUAUGAACUACUCUCGUCUGGGUCUAGCUGCAUGUAACAAAUGUGAAAGGUCCUUCACUCCAUCUCAAAGUUAUUAGCUUUAUUAAAGGUAAACUAUUCGAAAUGUACUCAAAAUUUAAUCUUUUUUCUAGGUAAAUGAAACGAAAGAAGCAGUGUUCAGUGAAUUGCGAGUAAUUACUGGAUUUUUCUCAAUUCGCUCUGAGUCAUAUCCAUCAAAAUAUCUGGCUAUCUCUGGAACGGGAUCUGUUAGUGGUGGUACGAAUACGAAGAGUGAUGAUACGAUGUUUGUCUUGUUGUUUACUACUUAAUUUUAUAUAGAGUAAAUCAUAUAUGCCGGAAAUAUAGUAUUCUGAGACUCAAUAUAGGAUUAUAUAUUGAUAUAAAUGCUAUUAUUCAUAUAUAUAUAAUUAUUACAUUCUCUGAAAGAAAAUUAAACAAAUCCAAAGACAACGAUGACAAAUUAAAGUCGUAGACAUAUAAUAGAGAUAUAAUUAAAUGUUCAGUAAAUGUCUGAAUAAGAAGGAAGUGAGAAAUGUCUGAUUAUAUAGUGGGUGUGUUCAUAUGGAUGAUUAUUUAAGAAAUAGAAAACGAUCGAGUCGCGUGCGUUCAUGGUGUGAUAAAGCACGAGGGGAAUGUUCAGUGUGAGAAUACGAGAGAAGCGUGUAAAACACGAGGGGUAACAUUAUCGCACAAUAAACACACGAGACGAGUUUUUUAUUUAUUUUACAAUAUAAAUAGAAGAUAUUACAUAGUAAACAAUUUUACUCAAAAGAUCGACGUUAAAAUUCUCC